GAACGUGGCAGCCAUUUUACAUCAUCAAGAGUGAAUGACUGAAGCCGGACCAGUGCCGGGAGUUUUACACUUUUUCUGUCUUUUAAAUAUCACAUUUAUCUUCCUAAAUAAUCAGCACCAUACACGUUGGUGUGCCAGCGGCAGAUUUCUGGAGACAUGGCCACAGAACAUAUUAAUGGAAAUGGUCCAGAAGAACCAAUGGACACCUCUGCUGCAGUUACCCAUUCUGAGCACUUCCAGACUUUAUUAGAAGCUGGUUUACCACAGAAAGUUGCUGAAAAACUAGAUGAAAUUUACAUAGCAGGUUUGGUGUCACACAGUGACUUAGAUGACCGAGCGAUUGAGGCUCUGAAAGAAUUCAACGAGGAAGGUGCUCUCCAAGUCCUUUUGCAGUUCAAGGACAGCGACCUCUCACAUGUUCAGAACAAAAGUGCCUUUCUUUGUGGCGUGAUGAAGACGUACCGACAGAGAGAGAAACAAGGGACCAAAGUGUCAGACACCAAUAAAGGACCAGAUGAAGCCAAAAUCAAAGCUUUGUUGGAGAGGACUGGUUACACUCUUGAUGUGACAACAGGACAGAGGAAGUAUGGUGGGCCUCCGCCAGAGUCUGCCCACUCUGGGGCACAGCCCACCAUCGGUACAGAGAUAUUUGUAGGCAAAAUCCCCAGAGACCUUUUUGAGGAUGAGCUGGUUCCACUGUUUGAGAAAGCUGGCCCCAUCUGGGACUUGCGCCUGAUGAUGGAUCCUCUCAGUGGCCUGAACAGAGGCUAUGCCUUUGUCACUUUCUGCACUAAAGAAGCUGCACAGCAGGCUGUCAAAUUGUGCAACAACAAUGAAAUUCGACCGGGUAAACACAUUGGCGUGUGCAUCUCUGUGGCCAAUAAUAGACUGUUUGUUGGCUCCAUCCCCAAGAGUAAAACAAAAGAACAAAUUGUUGAGGAAUUUGCAAAAGUCACAGAGGGUCUAAAUGAUGUCAUAUUGUACCACCAGCCAGAUGACAAGAAGAAGAACCGAGGCUUUUGCUUCCUGGAAUAUGAAGACCAUAAGACGGCAGCUCAGGCCCGUCGCCGAUUAAUGAGUGGCAAAGUGAAGGUGUGGGGAAAUGUGGUCACUGUGGAGUGGGCUGAUCCCAUUGAAGACCCCGAUCCAGAAGUCAUGGCCAAGGUCAAGGUGCUGUUUGUGAGGAACUUAGCAAGCACUGUUACAGAGGAGAUACUUGAAAAGGCCUUUAGUCAGUUUGGCAAGCUGGAGCGAGUGAAAAAAUUGAAAGACUAUGCCUUCAUCCACUUUGAGGAACGAGAUGGUGCUGUGAAGGCUUUGGCUGAUCUCAAUGGCAAAGACCUUGAAGGAGAACACAUUGAAAUCGUCUUUGCCAAGCCCCCUGAUCAGAAGAGAAAAGAGCGCAAAGCCCAGAGGCAAGCCGCCAAAACGCAAAUGUAUGAUGAAUACUAUUACUACGGGCCUCCCCAUAUGCCACCACCCACAAGAGGCAGAGGACGAGGUGGGCGAGGGGGUUAUUCUUACGCUCCUGAUUAUUACGGCUAUGAAGACUAUUAUGAUUACUAUGGAUAUGAUUACCACAACUACCGGGGCGGCUAUGACGACCCGUACUACGGCUAUGAGGACUUCCAGGGGUCUGGCAGAGGACGAGGAGCAAGGGGAGGAGUCCGUGGUGGUGCCAGUCAGACCAGAGGCCGUGGAGCCAUCACGCCAAGGGGCCGAGUGGGCUUUUCCCAGCGAGGAGGCCUUGGAACAAUCAGAGCAGGGAAACGGGGCCGAGGGCGGUCCUGACCUGUCACAGUGGAUACUGACUUGAUGUGUGGGGUUACACCGUAAGCUGCAAUGGAUGUUGAAACAACGAGCACGACAAAAAGGUCCAAUGAUAUUCCAGCCUUACAGAAGAAGCAUCUCCUCUCCCCCAUGUUUUUUUUCCCUACUCAUUUUAUUUUCUGAAACUGCCACCUUAAAAAAGUAAGCAGAGGAUUCUGAAUAGUUGCCACAGUCUCUUGCCCAGAGUCCCUGUAUCUAGCCCUGAUAUACAGGGCAGUAUGAAUUGCCCUUACAAUCUCCCAAUUCCCUGUCCCUGAACAUGCCAUUUUUUAAAUAAUUAUUGAAGAAAUUGCACUUUUUAAGUUCUUAGGUUUGAAGUGGCUCAAAGGAGCUUGAUGCUAUUGUAUAUUUUUGUGCUUAUCGCAAUUUUUAUUGUCGGAAUAUCCAUGUUAAUCUUAAUUGUUUGAUCUGGAUGUUUGAAAGAGAACAUUUGCAGGGUUUUAGGGUGUACCCACCUGGCAUGGAUAAGUCAGGCAUUCCAGGAAAGUGGUUCUUUUCAGAACUUGUCUUUAAAGGGUUGGUUGACUACCUCAGUACAGAGGACUAAACUACCCGGCCUGUACUGUAAAUAGGGAAACUUAUAUUGAUGAAAGCAGGGCUUGUUUUCAUACAAAAUAUGCACAAGAGCUGCAGCGCAAAAACGAUGUACUUAAUGUAAUAUAGUCAUUUUAGCUGCAGCUCUGCGGACUGCAAACAGUCAAACUGGGCAUGCAAAACAAUCUCAUGAGAUGAGUCUGAACAAGCCCUGCUUUUAUCCUAUUUUGAACUGAAUUAGCCGCCUUGCUUCUUCAGAGUAUGUAGUUACUGGUUGUAUAGUUUUCGGAAAAUGUUACUUUUGUAAAGGCUUCAACAUCACAGGCAUCCAACUGCCUUUGAUUAAAAAAAUGAAAAACAAAAAUAAAGCCCUGCAGUGUCCCUUUUGUGCCACUGUAUUCUUCCAGUGGGUUUGUUUUUAUACAACACAUUUUCAAACAACAUCAGAAUAAUGUAAAAGAACCCAAUCCAACCCUUCAUCUUGUUGAGAUCAUGUUAAUCUUGAAUGAUCCCUUCCCAGCUCCCAAGACAGCAACUAUGUAGAAGAUCUUAGGCAUUAAUGUUGAUGGAUCACUGAAUUGCCAUAUUGCCCAGACAGCGAGCAUGUGUGCCUAACCUUAGCUGCUAUGGUUUGGUGAGGGAUCAUAAUCCCAUAGUGGUAGAAGGGAUACUGCAGUGAAUGAUUUCUAUUUCCAGGUAUAGCAUAAAGGAAACUGCUCUUCAAUCCCAGUUUUCUAUACAGUUAACUCCCUCAAUAAAAUCAUAACAACCACCUUUUGAAAAAAAGAUGUUAACAGUUUUAAACUAUUGUUGGUGGCCAACAACGUUUUUUGCAUUCCUGCAAAUAAAUUGUUUUAUACUGUAAAAUGGAGGUGAGUGUAACUUAUUUUUGUAAUAAAGUUUUUGAUUUCUA